AUGAUUACAUUUGGUUGUGGUUGUGUUUCAGUGCGUAAGUCUGUGCGUAAGUCCACGAGUGAACACACACGACAGACGAACGAGCGUCUGCAGGAGCGUCAGCUGGAGGCACCUCGCAAGAGGAGAGGAGCUCUGAGCGAACGAGUGCUGACACAAGAAGAGCUGCUCGCCGAGGCCAAACUCACCGCAGAGAGCAACCUGAGAUCACUGGAAAACUACGAGCGUUUAGAGGCUGAUAAGAAGAAGCAUGUUCAUAAGAAGAGGCGGUUUGAAGGGCCGAGCAUCCGCUAUCACUCAGUGCUGAUGCCGCUCAUCCCAGACGCUCACAUGAAGGAGGAGAACGUGGAUGUGGAGGGGCUGGAUCAGGACACGCCCCAAGCCACACCCACUUCUUCAUCCUCCUCUCAGGGGGCGGGGUCUCUUUGCUCCCGCACAUACAUCACCUUCAGCGACGAUGAGGCGUUUAGCUCCGCCUUCGCACCGUCGGCUCGCUCUAGCCCCGCCCAGCCUGUUCAGGAGGUGUGUCCUGUUACCCAUAAACCCGCUCUGUAUCGUGACCCUGUGACGGACAUCCCGUACGCUAACGCCCGAGCCUUCCGCAUCAUCCGCGAGGCUUACCAGAAAUACAUCGCGGCGCACGGUUUUCCCAACGCUUCUGGAAGCUUCAGCGGAAACACUGACGUCAGUGAUUCACCGGCAGCCCCCCCCAAGAGCACACGACCCAAAGCCGUCGUCAAACAGACCGUAGUCGCCACCUAGAUGCAUCUUAACGACUGCUUUACAGUGUUUAACUCCACACGACUCGGGUUUGACUGUGUUUGUGGAUAUUUUUUGAUAAAUUCAGUCAAAACUGUCAGAAUGAACUCUUGUAAGAUUUCAUUUGUCAAUGUGAAGUAGCGAUAAACAAUACUGCUUUUGUAUUUUUGUAUCUUAAUGUUAAUUUCAAUAUUUAGUAACGUUCAAUAAUACAUAGAUUAAUAAAUGCAAAAAAUUUCUCAUUCUUGGUUAAGGUCAAGUAAAGUGAACAAUUACAGACUGUUUUGUAAAGUGUUACCAUACAGGUGUCAACUGAAUCAGAUUCAGUGAUUCAAAGCUUCUUUGUGACUCUGAGUCACUCUGAACGACUCAGAUUCGUGGAUUUAGGAUCACAUCACCAGCACUGGCUCUCAACUGUUCAUUUUCUGAUCUCUCCUUUUGUAUAAAAUGACAAUAAAAAGGGCAAAAAAGAA